GCGCGAAAUGCGAUGGGCGCAUCAGGACGGCUCUGAGGGCGGGUGAGCGGCCCCGGGCCGGGCGGGCUCACGGGGCUCGGCCUCGGCAGCGUCCCGCGGCCUGCACCACCGCUUCUCCCUGUGCCGGUGGGAUGGUCGGGGUGGGGCGGCUGGAGUCGGGUACUGGGCCGCUUCGCGUCGGUCUGCUGACAGGCCCCGCUGCAGGGCCCGUCCCUGCUUCCCAGCUGCUGCCGCGUAAAGUUGCGCCAGGGGAGGCUGAGAGUAAUUUUGGAUGCGAAGGAUGGACUUGUCCAUGAUUGGUAUUGGAGAUGUACAAAAUGUGCUUUUGGCGAUGCAGAAGAACUUGGAGUGCCCAAUAUGCUUGGAUGUGAUAAAGGAGCCGGUUUCAACAAAAUGCGAUCACAUAUUCUGCAGGUUCUGCAUGUUCCAGCUCCUCAGCAAAAAGAAGAAAGGUGUGAUACAGUGUCCGCUGUGCAAGACCGAGGUCACCAAGAGAAGUCUGAAAGAGAAUUCCAGAUUUAAGCAACUAAUUGAAGGAUUGCUGGAAACUAUCCAUGCGUUCGAGCUGGACACUGGAGUAAAGUUUUUAAACAGUCGUCACGUUCCUAAAACAUCCACAGAAGCCACGGCUGCCGAGCUCCUGGGUAAGGAAAGGUCUGUCGUCCAAAGCAAGGGCUUCAGAAACAGGAACAAAAGUGCUACAGGAAAUGGACAAGAAAACUGCACCUUGGAAGCUCAUGUGGAUGCUCCGCUUACAGAUACUGGGGACAAAAGGUGUUCCCUAAGAAACAAAAAGCAGAAAUGCGGUUCUCAAAAAGGGAUUUAUAUAGAGCUCGGCUCUGAUUCAUCUGAAGAGCUUUUUAAACAGGCGAACCAUGCUGGGUUACAAGACAGAGAAGCACUUCCGAUUUCAUCUCAAGAAAACGCAGAAGAGCUCAAGAGUGCUGAGAAGGGGAAUGAAUAUCCUCGCACUACACAGCCCGACAAGCUGGGUGCUGAAGAAGUGAUUCUACCCAAUGUCAUAGGUGCAAGUGAUCUCUCGAAGGAAGGCUCGAGCAAGGAAAGCACUCGGAGCAUCACUGAAUAUGCCAAACCUGCCCACGGGAAUGUGGCUGAAUACCAGAGUUCCCCUUUAAAUGUUCUCCCUGCAGAGCUCACAGAGCAGCGUGACAGUCCCGUAAGGAAUGGGGACACGUCUUUCUUUGAGAACACAGAAGAAAUGGAUGUGGAGCAAACUCUAUGCGAUAGUAAUAGCGAAGAGUUUGACUUCAAAGAGAGCAGAUUGGAUAAAAGCAAGGAAAUAGAUAUUGCACAAAGCGUGGAAGCUGCGGGAAUGGAUGAACCUGAGAAUGAUCCUCUCAAUGACAAAGAACUUCCUCUGGAGAAGCUGCUUCAGCCAGAGGCACUUGACUGCGCUGCCCUGAAUCAAGUCUCGAGGAAGAGGCUGAAGCGAAGCAUUCAGAAAGUCAAUGAAUGGUUUUCAAAAAGCGAGGAGAUUCCGUCUCACGAUGAUUCUGCUGGAGCAACUGACAUUUCGGGUGAAGGAGACACAUCUUUAUCAGAUAAAGAAUCCUGUGUUUCACAAAAGACUGACCCUAUGGUCGAUUCCAAAGAAACUGCGGUGGCUGAAGGAAAUAAGAGAUGGUCAAAAGAAACAGCAGAUAGUAUCAAAGACAAAAUAUUUGGGAAAACAUACAAGAGAGAGAGGAAGUCAAAUCCCCCUUUUGUCUUUAGAGAUGUUUUACCUACAAAAAAAAAGGAAGAUGCAGCUGCUGAUAAGUCCUGGAAUAACUCCAGCAAAGACAGACUAAAACGGAGAAGGAAGACUGUCAGUGUCCUGCGACCCGAGGAUUUCAUCAAGAGAAAAGAUGUAGGGGAGGCAGAUGGGUGCCCUGAAAGUGCUGAUUUGUGCCUUGGAGAUGCUGAAAAGAAAAGAUGUGAGGAAAGCUCUGCUGUUGAUGAGAGUCGCCUCUCUGAGAAUAAAGAGGGUAAUACAGUGGCAGAAGUUGAGGAAGGAGGAGGAUCCAGGUGGAAAAAAGCUGCUGAAAAGGUGACUGGCAAGCACUGUGACGCGGAGCUGGAUUUGAAUAACUCCAAUCAGAAAAGCACAAAAAAAAAUGGUUCCGCAGCAAAAAGAAGCAGACGUUCUACCAGAACCAUGUGCGCCCUGCAGUUAGUAGUGGAUAGAAACUCCCUGUCCCCUGAUGCAGCUGAGCCCCAGAUCGAUAGUUAUCCAAGCAGUGAAGAACCAAGGAAAGCCGAUUCGGAGCAAAGACAAGUCAGGCGCAGCAGGCGGCUUCAGUUACUUUCUGAAGAAAUGACGAAAGAAAUGGGAAAAGGAGUGAUUAAGGGAGCGAAAAAGCAUGAGAGCGACCCCGAAGGGUCUUUCUCUGGAGUCCAGAGGAACGUGUUGGUUCACGCUUGUGAGUGCAAAGAGCAGCGUGAGCCCCGCGAUGUGGUGAGUGACCAGCCACUCGCUGAUCUCAAGGGUGGGGAUCUGGAAGCAGAUGAAAUGCAGAUCAGUCUAAAGAAUUCGUUGGAUGCUGCAGGAACUGGAAAAAUUCUCAAUCCUACAUCUUGUUGUCAGCGCUCAAAUUAUGGUUCCUUGGCACCCGACACGGCUUCUCAAGAAAGUGAAAUACGAGGAAGCCCUUUGCUCCUAGAGCCGCCUUCAGCGGCUUCCCCCCUGCCUGGAGAGACGUCUGAACCUCCUGCUGCUCUUCCCCAGGGUAGCAGACGCGAAACGCUAAAAGUUCCAGGCGACUUAAGAACUGAAAGGUUGCCAAUGGCUAAAAAUGGCUUGGAAGUGACCGAGGAAGCUGAAGACAGUGAGUUAGACACGCAGUAUCUGCGGAAUAUAUUUAGGCAUUCAAAACGCCUGUCGUUUAGCCUUUAUCCUACUCCUGCGAAGGCGCGUGCAGUAGGAGAUGCUGCUUCCGAAACUCUAAAGAGCUCGUGUGCUGAGCAGGGAGAAGAUGAGCGUAGCAAAUAUUUAAAAACAGAAAGCUUGCAAGAGAGAACUGAGAGCUUGAGUAGGGCUUGUGGGGAAGAGCCACGUAAAGCCAAGGAAUCUUGUGUUAGUCCUGUGACUUGCUUUGGUGACACUGAAUGUGCACAGGCAGAGGAUCAUCAGGAUGUUUCACAGGUUGCAAAUCAAGGGAAGCUGACACCGAUGGGAAUGGGUACCGUUAGGACUGAAGGCAAAGACAAAUUGCAGAAAGGAGAGCAGGAAAAUGAAAAGGCAGUGUCAACUGACCUAGGGAUAGGAAGUGAGCUGAGACAGAAUCCAGUCAAGAGUAAGAGAAGCCAAAGUGAUCAAGAUGAUACAGAAGUGCAAGUUUUCGAAAGAGCUGAUUUAAACACAGUCGAUGAAAUGUGCAGCAGUUCAGACAGCGAUCAAGCGGGAAGGGCUGAGGGUGUUAAUGGCAAAGCACCGCUACCACAUUUUCAGUACAAAUCAAUGAUUUGUCCUGUAACGUGUCAGCAACGACCCGCUGAGCUCGGCCUUGAAGGCACUGGGAAAAAACAUAGCAAAAGAGAAAGAGAACAAGUAAAGGGGAAUGAAGAAGCAGCAACUCAAACUGCUGGCACAGGGAUGCUCGAGGGUUUAGUUACACAGGCUCUGGAAGAGCCUGUUAAAGGGAAUAGUGAUUUUACAGGUUCGUCUGAGACCCCUGAUGGCCUGUUGUGCUCUGACGAUGAUAUUGAGGAGAACCCCAGCUUUUCUGAAACUGACAGGAGAGAGAGAUCUGCUGUGUUUGUGAAAAGUAACAACGCCCCGGUAACAGAACUACACAAUCGGAGUGUUAGCUCUAAGCCCACAUCUCGAGGUAUUCCCAGAUCUCGAAGAAGAGCGCGGAAACUGCAAUCUUCAGAUGAAGAAUCUAGCGAGGAUGAAGAGUUACCGUGUUUUCAGUCGCUAAUAAAUGGCAAAUCAGCAAGCACACCUUUGCAGAGCAGUAAACAAGUGCCAUCUGUGGUAGAGUCUUCAGUAAGUCCCAUCGCGUUGCCUCCUCGUGGAAGUAGCGGUGACAAUAAUGCGCAGAAAACGCCCGGAGCUGCCCCAAGCGGCAGAUGUGUUUCGCCAAGCCAGGAAUCCGAAUGCUCCGUCAACUUAUUUUCCUCCCAAUCCAACAUGUCUGAAGAAUCAGUUGAUGGAGCACAAGAGCUGAAGAAACUGUCAGUACAAGUUCAUCCAUCCAAACAAGUGGAUGAGGGUAAAGAAACUUCUCCAAGUUGUAAUUGGGGGCUGAAGAGAAGCAAACCUGACUCCAGAGAUGAACGCCAAGAAGAGCAAAGCAUGGGAGCAAACCCAGGUGAAGCGUCUGGAUCUGACAGCGAGACAAGUAUCGUAGAGGAUUCAUGUGGCCCGUUCUCUCAGGGUGAGAUCCUUACUACACAGCAGAAGAAUAUUAUGCAAAAUAACCUAAAAAAACUUCAGCAAGAAAUGGCAGAACUCGAGGCAGUGCUGGAGCAGCACGGAAGUCAGGACUGUCAACUUUUACCUGUCCAUAGGAACCUGCCGCAUUCCAGUAGCGAAGGAACACUUGGAAUGGAACAAAUGAGACGAGAGAGAGGAAAUGCAGAUGAGCAGAAUUCUGGGACCAGGCUCAACAGUGCGUCUGUCUUACCAAAUGUCUCUGGAGAUGUGACCAGGAGUCCAAGUAAAUCCUGCUCCUCUGUAAGGCUUCUUAACCCUCCAAGUGCAGAAGUGACCGCUCGUUCUGUUGCAGCUCCAAGUGCUGAUAACAGCUGCACUCAGGAGUGUAAAUCGACGAGAAGUUCGUGUCUUCCAACGUCUGUUCUGCACAAUGCAGCUGGGAAAGAAAGUGCAGCGAGUCCCGUUGUGACCAACAGGAAAGAAAUGUCAAUAGUGGCAUCGGGUCUGACUCAAAGCGAGCAUGUGGUGGUCCAGAAGUUUGCGAGAAAAACUCGGAGCACUUUAUCUAAUCGCAUUACUGAAGGAACAACCCAUGUCAUAAUGAAAACAGACAAGGAGCUGGUGUGUGAACGGACACUCAAGUACUUUCUGGGUAUCGCAGGGAGGAAAUGGGUCGUUAGUUAUCAGUGGGUCGUUCAGUCUUUCCAAGAAGGGAGGAUACUGGAUGAGGAGAGCUUUGAAGUUCGAGGAGACGUAAUCAACGGGAGGAACCACCAGGGUCCAAGGAGGGCUCGACAGGCUCUGACUGCCAAGAUCUUUAAAGACUUUGAGAUCUGUUGCUACGGACCUUUCACUGAUAUGACUACAGAACACCUCGAAUGGAUGGUGGAACUUUGCGGUGCCUCCGUGGUGAAGCAGCCUCACCUGUUCACACACACCAGGAAUUCUACUCCUGUCGUGGUUGUGCAGCCAGAUGCUUGGAUGGAAGACGCGGAUUAUGGAGCGAUCCAGCAAAAAGCCGACGUUGCCAUGGUGACUCGAGAGUGGGUAUUAGACAGCGUCGCGUGCUACAAGUGCCAGGAGCUGGAUACUUACCUGGUGUCGUAAGGGCGAUACGCGGUUCUCUUGCCGUCGCUCACGAGUUCUCAUCAGUGCUGAUAGUCUGGUAACUAUUUUAAGGACGGAGAAUUUUUAAGUCACGCAGAGAUUAUGUGCAUGUUCUUGUUCAGAGUGAAAUAACUACAUUUUAUUAGCAAUAAAGUUACUUAGCAUUACCAUAUAAAGAUGGUAUUACCCACUGUUCUUUAAAGACUGACACUUCUCAUUUCAAAAUAGACCUUUAAAUUAAUGUAAAACGAAUUUUUAAAGUUAGAAAAUGUAGAAUGUGGCUUCCGCAGAGAAAUGGUGAUGUGCUAUUUACCCCUGCAGCCCGUUCCGGUUUAUAUAUUUCAGGACAUUUUGGAGACAGUAAUUUAAAAGGGUAACAUUGGGCUCGGGGCUUGUAUUUAAAACACACUUGCACUCCUGAGUAACCUCCAUAUUUUCAUUUUGCAUAAAUACAUACCCUGAAUAAGGGUGUAUACCAACACAAUGCGAUAUUAUUUUGUGAUUAUCAGCCUGGUUAAUUUAGGCCGUGGAUUGUACGAACUGCUCUCCUCUUGUAUAUAAAAACGCCAACUUGCCUUAACCAGGAAAAACAGCCCCUAAGAGCCAACACUUGAUUCUCAACACAAACCAAUCCUUAAAAGCACGAGCUGGUACCAGGGCUGUGUCAGUCGUAUCUCUGACAAGUGCAUGUGGCACCUAUGAAGAGACAAUAAACAGAUGCACUUUAGUGUCCCAGUGACCUAUAAAAAGCCCUAUAGGAUUCUGCUGUAAUAGUCCGUGCCUGCAAAAUGAGACUGCAAAGAAAUUGCUUUUUAUGGAAGAAAAUAUGUUCUCUGCUUCUGUUGCCAAGCAAUUCAGCUUCAUAAAUAAUUUUGUACUUUCAGAGCAGAAAAAGAACCUGUUUUCAUGAAGUUGUUGUUUGAAAAAAUCAGUUCAGUGCUCAGAUGCUGCUGGGUUAUCUUGGAAAGUUAUGGAAAGUAUGUUUAUAAAUAUUGGAAUGCUCAAAGGAAAUAAAAUUAUUUUGGGAAGUA